AUGAAGCUGAGUAAUGAGAACAAGAAGCCUUUGAGUCGCCAGAUAAAAUCUCGAACCGUUACUGACGAUUCACUACUCAUCAGCAACUGUAGCCAAACAAAUUCUUCACGAAAUCUACAAACACUGGCCGAAUCGACUCAGUUCUUGGGUCAUCAUGAUACCGAAGAAGCGGUGGAAGAAGUGGAAGGAGAGGACGUUUCAAACUCUGUUUCGGAUUCCAAGACUGUAGACGGGCUAUUCGAUUUGGGCCGGUCCGGAGUUGUGCCCUUUCGUCGGCUGCGCAGCCGCCGGUAG